AAAAAACAACCAACAUUAUAUAUUAUGUACAUAUGUUAUGUGCAGUUAUGUGUGAUAAUAAAACAUUGAACAAAAUGGAUGUCACAUUAUUUGACAAUUAAAAAACAAUAAAUAAAGGUUAGCAUUCAUAAAAAUUGAAGUUGCAAAUUGUUGCAAAUAUUGAAUUGUUGACUAAACAAAAAUAUAAAUAGCUAUACCCACACAUACAAUAAGGGCUGUUUGUGUGAAGACUGAAGGAUCAACGACCACUUCACAGUUCUCAAAAAUGACAUCUGUUGGUGUUGGAGUUGGCAGAGGUCGUGGUUGGGGUAAAAAUACUCAGGAUGCUUCAUUGAGACGACCAGGACAACCACCACCUGGUCCAAAAGAUGAGAUUGUUGAACUUAUCUACAAUUUAAAUAUCAAUGAUAAAUUGUGUAAUGAUGAUUCAAGUAGUUCACUGAUUAAUCUAUUAACAUUUCAAGGAGAUUUGACUGAUGAUAAUAUUAAAAAUAUUGAAACAAUUUAUCAAGAAGCACUUGAUGAUCGUGAUUUUGCUAACAGAAUUAUUUCAAUAUUGAAACAAAUAAAAUUUCGUUCGAGUCUUUUUUUAACACAGCUACAAUUGAGUUUUGAAAAACGUGAUGAAUUAUUUAGUCAAAAUGUUGUUAAAUUUUCAAAUUUUACUUAUUUUUUAUGUGAAUUUUUUGAUAAAUUUAUUAUCAGUAACGCAAUAAGUAAAAUAAUGGCUAGUCCAGUGAUAAGUUGUCUUGAAAUGCUUUUAAACACAUUGAAUGAAGAUGACAUUGAACUAGUUCUUACUCAGCUAUUGAUAACUGGAAAAAAACUGUACUCAUUACAACCAGGAGAAUUAUCAAACUUGAUAAUUCAAGCAAGACGAAUUUUAAUAGUCAAAAAUUUAAGUCUUAAAUCACGAGGAAUGUUGUCAUUGAUGAUUGAUUUGGAUAAUCAUAAAUACCAAAUUCUUCCUGUUGAAUUAAAAAUGUUUUAUGUUGAACAAUUGGGUCAUGAUUAUUGGAAUAAUACAUCAACAAAUACUUCUAGUCCAUAUACCAAAACAAAUGAUCCUGUUAAUAAGACAGAUUCUCAAUUGACUCAUCAAAAAAAUGUAAAUUCUGGUAUUGAGAAACGACUCUCACUUACUGGAAAUAAUGGACAAGCAUCACAAGUAUCUCAUCAACAAAAACAACAUGAUAAAACAUCACCAAAAUCAUCAGUUAAUAAUUCUGGACGUCCAAGGGCAAUUAGAGGAUCAGGUGCAAAUGAAUACAAAGACAAAGAUUUUAAAAAUGACAAAAAACCAAUGGGAAAAAAAGAUAAAAAUUCUGAUGCUCAAUGGUCAAAUUGGAAUGAUGGAAAAAAAGCUUGGGGACAUGAUGACAGAUUCGACAAAGAUUAUUAAAUAAAUUUUCAUAUGUUAUUUUAUUUUUUUUGAUAAAAAACUAAUGUAAAAGUUAUUAUUUUUAUUUUUUUAACUGAUAUGUUCAGUGUUUUAUAUUGGCAACCGAAUCAUGAUACAAAUUUUGAAAUUAAACUCGGAAU